AUGUCUAGCAAAGUCCCCCACGCCGCCUUCUGUGAGGAAUAUGACGAAGAUACUCAUGUUAUCCGUCCCGAAACUCGUCAAGUCGCCAACACCACUACAAAGCGCCAUAAACAGGCCGUGAAAUCGCCUGCAGAGCCCCUGGUCGACGUUGCAAGUGACUCCGGUUAUUCCAGUCGUACCGCCGCCACCGUCAACAGCACCCAAUCUGGGCCGUCGGGCCGGAAGAGCCCUGUUCCUCAUAAGUCAGACACCACCCUCAAACGAGCUGACCUCGAACGCGUCCGCUCCAAAGGCCACAAAGAACGACCCUCUAAGGAUCGAAUUGUUCGUCCACCGCGUGAGGACAAAAUGCAGGUCGGAGGUUACCCCCCUGUGGGCCACCCUCAUUCUCAUGCCCACGCCCAGCGUUCACCGUCCAGAUCCCGCCGACGCGAGACUGCCCAGGUCCCGCACUACCCGGGACAGUGUUACGAAUGUGAACAUGGUCUAUACCAUACUGCUGCUUCUACACCUGUUGAAGCGAGACCGAUGGAUUUCCCGUACUUCAUGAAACCGCCUCCGCCGGGUCACGAGUAUGCUCCCCCAGCUCCGCAAAACCCCCGAUACGCAGCACCCUCGGUGAUACAGGACGUCAAUGUCUCGCGCAGUAGUCGUCCUCACGCUCGCGGAAGCUCAUCCAUCUAUCAUCCCAACAACCGACCGGUGAGCUUCCAGGGUACCAUGCCUGGGAUGGGCCAAAUGAUGUAUUCACCAGGGCCCAUGGCUCAUUACGACCAUGGCCCACCGUUGUCCUCCUCGGCGUAUACCCACGGCCCGCAGUAUGCUGCUUCCCACUACUCGCAACAAUCUCCCUACUACGGCGUACCCGACUAUGCGCCACCUCCUGAGAGCCGACAGGAACGAUCGGCCUCGCGGACUAGAGAUCAAGGUCGGGGUCGCCGACCACCGCUCUACGCACCUGUCAUGGACUACGAUGGCGCCAGCUUUGAUGACGAUGAUGACGAUGAGGUGGAGUUGGACGUUCCCCCUCCGCCCCCUCCAGCCCCGGGCCGGCAGGCUCGUCCCCGCAUGCCCGCUCACUCAUCUCAUGAUCCCAAUGAGGACUACUACCGAAUGCCUCCUCCGCCCAUGAAGCACAAGGCGACACCGCACAUCAUCCAGAAACGGCCCGACCCACCUCGAAAAGCCGUUACUGCCCCGUCCAUCAUUUCCGACCGUCGCUCUUCACGCUCUCUGGAUCUCUCGGACGUGAGAGACGCCUUGCCUGAGUAUGGGUACCGGCCGUCUUCUCGGGAGACCGUGAUCCCGGAGCGCAGCGGACGAAGCAUUCGGGAUGGUCGACGGUCCACCACAUACCACGACUCGCGCCCGGCACGAAUCGCCGUCGAGAACUCUCGUCGGCGCCAGCCUACAGUCUACAACUAUGCCGAUGACGACGAGGAGGAGGAUGAAGACGACGAGAUUGUGGAAAAGCAGCGAGAGGCGGAAGAGUAUCAAGCUUCUCGGUCGGGCAAGUCGUCCGUGCCCGUCCUUUUAACGGAAGACGCCCUGUAUAAAGCCAAAACCUCUCAACGUGCUGAAAGCGACAGUGGCAGCCAGAAAAGUCGUUCGAACAGCAGCCGAGGGAGUGACGCACGGACACAGACUGGCAGCAAUGGCGGUCUCAAGCCGGAGGAGGACAACAACAUUGUCAUGACAAUGAACGGGGUGACCAUGAGUUUUAGCCAAGAGUCCGUCGGGGGCAAGAGGUUGAUGCUUCGAACUAAUAACAACGGUGCGGUCGAGCUGAACAUUGAAGGCAAACACCGCGCCCCGAAGAAGUAUCUGACUGGCGGCUCUGACUACACCGGAGGUGUUUCUCGAAGAGAGUUGGAAAACCCACGGCGAGCCCUGAGUGACCGGAAAUCAGACCAAGCCAGUCGACGCUCAAGCCGGUCGGCCUACAGCGGCCGAUACUAG